CCGAGCCACCGCCUCCUCCCGCGACCUGCAGCUGCCAAGGCUCCUCCAAGCGGCCGGCUGCCGAGGCUCUGCUAUGUCGGGGGAGAUGGACAAACCGCUGAUCAGUCGCCGCCUGGUGGACAGUGAUGGCAGUCUGGCUGAGGUCCCCAAGGAGGCCCCCAAAGUGGGCAUCUUGGGCAGCGGGGAUUUUGCCCGUUCCCUGGCCACACGCCUGGUGGGCGCUGGCUUCAGUGUGGUGGUGGGGAGCCGUAACCCCAAACGCACGGCUGGCCUCUUCCCCUCCUUAGCCCAAGUGACUUUCCAGGAGGAGGCCGUGAGCUCUCCGGAGGUCAUCUUUGUGGCCGUGUUCCGGGAGCACUACUCCUCACUGUGCGGCCUCGCUGACCAGUUGGCUGGCAAGAUCCUCGUGGACGUAAGCAACCCCACGGAGAAGGAGCAUCUUCAGCACCGCCAGUCUAACGCUGAGUACCUGGCCUCACUCUUCCCUGCUUGCACUGUGGUGAAGGCCUUCAACGUCAUCUCUGCGUGGGCCCUACAGGCUGGCCCAAGGGAUGGGAACAGGCAGGUGCUCAUCUGCAGUGACCAGCUGGAAGCCAAGCGCACCAUCUCAGAGAUGGCACGUGCCAUGGGUUUCACGCCCCUGGACAUGGGAUCCUUGGCCUCAUCUCGGGAGGUAGAAGCCAUACCCCUGCGCCUCCUUCCAUCCUGGAAGGUGCCCACCCUCCUGGCACUGGGGCUCUUUGUGUGCUUCUAUGCCUACAACUUCAUCCGGGACGUUCUACAGCCAUACAUUCGGAAAGAUGAGAACAAGUUCUACAAGAUGCCUUUGUCUGUGGUCAACACCACACUACCCUGUGUGGCUUACGUGAUGCUGUCCCUGGUGUACCUGCCUGGUGUGCUGGCAGCUGCGCUUCAGCUGAGGAGGGGGACCAAGUACCAGCGCUUCCCAGACUGGCUGGACCACUGGCUGCAGCAUCGCAAGCAGAUCGGGCUGCUCAGCUUCUUCUUCGCGAUGCUGCACGCUCUCUACAGCUUCUGCCUGCCGCUGCGCCGCUCCCACCGCUACGAUCUGGUCAAUCUGGCUGUGAAGCAGGUCCUGGCCAACAAGAGCCGCCUCUGGGUUGAGGAAGAAGUCUGGCGGAUGGAGAUAUACCUGUCCCUGGGUGUGCUGGCCCUGGGCAUGCUGUCACUGCUGGCGGUCACCUCGCUCCCGUCCAUUGCCAACUCCCUCAACUGGAAGGAGUUCAGCUUCGUGCAGUCCACGCUGGGCUUCGUGGCCCUGAUGCUCAGCACGAUGCACACACUCACCUACGGCUGGACCCGUGCCUUUGAGGAAAACCACUACAAGUUCUACCUGCCGCCCACGUUCACACUCACGCUGCUCCUGCCCUGUGUGAUCAUCCUGGCCAAGGGCCUCUUCCUCCUGCCCUGCCUCAGCCGCAGACUCACCAAGAUCCGCAGGGGCUGGGAGAAAGACGGGGCUGUCAAGUUCAUGCUGCCCGCCGACCACACACAGGGGGAGAAAACAAGCCACGUGUGAGGCCCUGGAAGUGGAGACAGGCACGACUUGUGGGGGGGGGGGCCCUGAGCUGGGUUCGGGUCUCUUUUCUGGAUGCUGCACAGUGGGGUGAUGAUAUAUGCGUGGGUGGCUGAGAUCCUAAUUCCUGGGGUGCAGGUGUAUGCUGACAUACUCAGAAUGACACCCCACACAUGUGAUAUGUACUCACAUAUAUUUCACAUAUAAUAGGAUUUGCUAUUAUUCUUACUUAGUAAAAAAAAAAGUGGGUCCCUAUAUUUCAACGUAAGCAUUUCAAAGCAAAUGCCACACACUGAACAGCAGAUCCCAUGCUUGUGGUAUCUACAGAGGCAGACAGACACUCUGGUAUAGGAGAAACUGUAUUUUGUUGGGUUCUGUCCUUUAAUCUCUAUGUUCCUUAUUAGCUAAAUCCUAAAGUUGGUGCAAAGCUGGGGCAAGAAUUGCGUCUGGUGCCGCCUACCCCCAUCCCAGGGCUAAGAAAGAAGCCUCAAGUGAACAGGGGGCCAGGUGUGGACUCUGCUGCUUCCCUGGGCGUGCGUAGGGAGGCUCAGCAAGAUCCCCUGGAAUCUGAGCUUUUUCAGGUCUGUCCUUUCUUCAGGAAAGGGUCUGAAGCUGCCCCAUCUGAUCCUAGCUGAGCUGAGAAGAUUGUUCCCCACCCCCUGAAAGUCCAGAGUCACCGCGGAGCCUGCAAAUUGAUCCUUCUGCGAAGGUGUGAAGCCACCGCCUCUCCGGAGCCAUUAAUGAACCUGGUCCUCAGGAGGAUAAUUGUUUUCUCUCCAUCAAGUUGGUGGCGACCCUCCUUUAAAUCACUGUGCCUUCUCGCCUUCUCGUCAUUAAUUUGGACAUCUCCGUGGAGUGGACACUUGUCAGGGCAGUUCACGGGGGAGGGAAGCAUUAGAGAUUGCAGAGAAUAGCCAUCGAAUCCUCUUCUUGGGGCCACCCUCCCCUGGACGUGCCCCAGGCCUGCCUUCAUUAAACUGAUCCAUGAGAAGAAUAAUAGGGACCCCUUUUCAUUUACCCUGUUGCCUGUAGGCAGAGAACCUACCUUCCGAGCACCCAGAAAACACAGUGGCCCCAUGCUCUUUUUCAGGGGGUUCCACAGCCCCCUUCCCCGUGUUUUUGCCUUCCUCCCUCCCUCCCUCCCUCCCUCCCUCCCAGUUACAUUCAACUACAAAAGUCUUCAAAUAUUGUUUUUUGAAUUCUUAAAGAGACCUCAUUUUAUUACAA